GGGAGCGGCGGCGUUGGGCGGGCGGCUGCGGGCGGCUCGGCCUCGGGUGCCCCAGGGCUGCCUGCGAGCCGGAGGCUUCCCCGGGGCUCCUGCAGAGCGCCGAGCAUCCUUCCUUCCUCCCGCCCGCCCGGCUGGCACCGGCACCGGCACCGGCACCGGCACCGGCACCGGCACCGGCACCGGCACCGGCACCGCCAGCAUCGGUACCAACGUCAGCACUGGGCACAGGCAUCGCCACCGGCACCGGCAGCAGCACCAGCCCCGGCACCGGCACCGGCAGCAGCAUCGGUAGCGACGUUGGCACCGGCUCCGGCAGAGCCCAGUCGGGGUCACUUGUCCCUCUCAGCACGGUGCCUGUGCCCAAGGACUCAGGGACGUUGGUUUGUCCUCCACCGGAGAGUGAUUCCCAGGGGGACGCUGGUCAGAGCCGGAGGGGACCCAGCCGGCAGUCCCAGUCUCUUGUGUGGCCCCUCGCUGGCUGGGAGACGUCUGGAAGGAGAAUCACCAGGCCAGGGAGUGGAGCGGGACCCUGGGCCCGGGGGAGACGCAGCACCAGGCCAGGCUGGAGGGUGCCCGGGUUAGCAUGACCGAGGUGGAACCCGUGCUGGACUUCGCAUCCUCCGGGAGAACGGGCCGGCGCAAUGCCCUGCCCGACAUCCUGGGCUCGCCGGCCGGCGUCAGCCCCUCCGACCUGCCCCUCAAGCUGGCCGAGAUGUCCCUGAACGCAGGCAGCGCCCAGGAGAUGCAGUCACCCUCGGCGGAGGUGCCCCCUCCGCAGCCCCCCAGCCCCGAGCUGAAGGACACGUCCUAACCUCGCUCCUGGGGGGGGGACGUUGCUGACCAGCGGAGGAAAGAGGAGGCUGCGGAGCAUCAGCCCGGCUUUCCUGGCACGGCCGGAAUCCGCUGGGUUUUCCUCGGUGCUACCGCGGCGAGACCGUCGGGUGUCAUCCCCCCCCCCCGCCGUGGGGGGAGCAUCGCAUGGCGGGGACCUGCCGUGACAAAGGGGCGAUUCCCACCCACGCCCUGGGCGAGGACCUGGGGGGGCGGAUUUUUUUUGCCUCCCCCGGGGGGGGAGAAAUAUUUUUUUUCUGGGGCAUUUGGCAGAGCCAAGCGCAGGGGGUUUACCGGGAGGGGGGGGUGUGUGUCUUUCUCCUCGUUGAAGGAGCAGCCCGCGGGUGUUUCUAGCUGAGUGUGGUGUUCACUGUGAUGUUUUGGGUACCA